AUGCCGAUGAAGGUUGUUGAUGCGACUGUGGAGAACUUUCAAGACGUGUUUGAGGUAUUUAAGAGUGAAGCCCCAAAUAACAAGGCGAAUCUCAUACUUUUCUUGGCUGAUAAAGAUCCUUCGACCAAUCUCAGUUGGUGCCCUGAUUGUGUAAGAGCCGAACCAGUGAUAUACAAUAAACUCGAAGCUUGGCCUGAAAAUGUGGCUCUUCUGAGGGCAUAUGUUGGGGAUAGGCCCACUUGGAGAAACCCGAUGCACCCUUUGAGGAUAGACUCGAUUUUCAAGCUUAGAGGGGUCCCGACUUUGGUUCGAUGGGAAAACGGAGGCAUCAAAGGCCGUCUUGAGGAUAAUGAAGCCCAUCUGGAGCACAAAAUCAACACCCUUCUUUCUGAAAAUUAA